AUGCCACAAGCAACUAUCAAUAUGGAAGCUGUUGUCUCAGAAAUUGGCAGGAAACUCGGUAAUUGGAACGUUCUAACUGGUCAGGGAGGUGUCAUCACUUCCUCCCAAGGAGGUUUUAAUUUCCAUGUUAGAGGUAGAAGAACGAUUCGUGCCCCCGAUGUAUCCUUCACUUUGAAAAAUGUAUAUCAUCAUUUGACUCAACAGCAACUCUGGACCUUCAAAGGUGAACCCUUUACACCAACGGUUGCUAUUGAGGUUUCGGAUACUAUCAAGGAUUCGGAUACUAAAAAAAAGAAGGUAUUUGAUGAUUUGGAUGAAAAGUUUAAAUCUGAAUACUUUGCAGUGGGUACUUCAGGUUUAUUGAUUGAUCCUAAAAAUGAAAGAAUGUGGAUAUAUAAGCGAAAUGAGAAAGGAAAGGCCUUUGUGCCUGGGGAUAUAGAUGGAGGGGACAUAUUACCAGGGUUUACGUUGGAUGUUGAGAUGAUCAAAGAUAUUAUUUCACAAGCAACAGAAGCAUCAAAAAAAUCAGGAUCACGAAUUAACUGCCCUGAGUGUGACAACUAUUUUACCGAUGGUUACUCUUUCAUAAAACACUAUGAAAAAUCUCAUAUACGUGAACAAAAAGCAUGUGAAUGUGGGCGGCUUCGCUGCCCGGUAUCAUUAUUCAAUAGUGUUAAGCAUUCAAAUGAAGAGGCCUUGAAGCAAUCUUUUAUGGACACGUUAAUUCUCACUCUUCAUGCAAACAUUGAACCAGAGUUUCGGGUAAAUUCUCAGAACUCUAAUUUAGGCAAUAAGGCAAUCGAUUUAGUGAAAACAAGUACCGGAAGAAGGAUAGCAAUCGAAUUUGAUAAUAUUAGGACGGAAUACAUUAACCUAAACGGAGCUCAAGGUACUUGGCAGGAAGCAACACAAGUAUCACGAUCAUUGAUGACGAAAUUAGAGGAUGAAAUUUUAAAUCUUGAAAUUAGUGAUCCAUACCGACCAGAUCAAAAGACAGUUCGUGAAGCUUUAGAAUGGAAGAUUAAAAAGAAAAGAAAAGAAUAUUUAGAGCCGUUAAAAAAACGACAUGAUGCAGAGUUGAGAUAUAUGUUUAUUGUUUUGAGG